AUGUCUAUGGAUCCUGUACAUCCAGAAUUAUUGUGGGUAGUGAUUGUUUCUGGGAUCGUUUGUACGAUCCUCGCGAUAUCUAUAGGUUCAAACGAUGUAGCAAAUUCCUUCUCUACCUCAGUAGGUAGCGGAACUUUAAGCCUUCGUGGCGCAAUAAGCAUCGCCUUCAUAUUUGAAGUCAUAGGAUCAAUAACUUUGGGAGGAAGAGUCUCGGAUUCGAUCCGCAACAGAGUAUUAAACUUCGAUGCCUUUUCCGACACUCCAUAUGAGCUGGCUUUGGGAAUGCUGUGCUCGUCAAUAGGAGCGACAGCCUGGCUCAUAUUCGCAACCUUCUUCGGAAUACCAGUCUCGACCACACAUAGCAUAAUAGGAGCGCUGGCAGGGUUCGGAGUAGCCUCAGGAAGGUUCGACGGAGUGAGGUGGAUGCAGCUGUUGUAUAUAAUACUCUCAUGGUUCCUAGUACCAGUAGUAUCAAUAGUGGUCACAGCGACCCUGUACAUACUGCUUCAGGAGGUGGUGCUGAAGAGAGGGAAUUCCUAUAAAAUCAUGAAAAACUUCCACUGGGUAUUCCUGGCACUGUUCUCAAUCCCACUGUCAGUUUUCAUCGCAUUUGAGAAUUCGUUGCUAAGGUCGACAUCAGGAACGUUCGCAGAUUCGUACAGAAAGUGGUUCAACGAGUCACAUUGGAACAAGGGAAUCUCAGUAUUUGUAGUCAUCAUGGUCCUGCUGAUGAUAUCGAGCAUUGUAACAUACUCAAUCUGUCAUUUUAGAAUGAAGUCAGGAUGGUCGUUCCUUAAGUCGUACCACAACAUAGACGCAUUAUUUAUCGGAGGAAAGGCGAAGGACACAGUACUUGUGCAACGCGAAAGAGAGAAAUCGGAAGAAGAGAAACAAGAGGAGCCGUUUGAAGAAAUCAAAAAGGACAAUUCAGACCUGAUUGUGACAAACCUGAACUCGCAAAACACAGUAAUACUGAACAAGUCGGAAGAUGGGUCGGAUUUCAGGUUAAACAUAGAUCGCACGGGCUCGAUGGACAUUAACAUAGGGGAGGACAGAGUGGAGUUGAAGGACAGCCCUAGGGGCUCAAGAGAGCCCUCAGACCUGUCAAACUCGUCAAUCAACUACGACGAGGAGGCAGGAAUGGACACGAACACGCACCACUUCGGGUCGAAGUUCAACAGGCUCAUGAGUAACAUUAAGACCUCGUACAACCUCUCAAUCACUAAAAUCACGAGUAUUAACAGGUCGAGCGGGAGUUCGGGGAACGGCCCCGGCGACCUCUCAAGGGACGGAAGCACGCACAGGAAAAACGCAAAAAAAUCUAAAAGGACGAAAAAGCGCCAAAAAGCAAUCAGCUCACUCACAGCACUAAAAAACAUGUCACCCGAAAAGAGGAAGGAGAUGAACGACACACAAACAAUCUUCUCAGCAAUGCAAAUAGUAGGCGCAACAAUAUCAAUCAUAUCCCACUCGGCAAACGACACGGCCAACGCCGUAUCAACCUUCGCAACAGUCUACUUCCUGUACUUCCACGGACUGGAACAUACAUCUAAGAACACGCCCUGGUAUGUAUUGUUCUGCGGAGGCAUCGCCAUGGCACUGGGCCUGGCACUCUUCGGCUACAAGGUGAUCAAAACGGUGGGAAUGAACAUCACGAGAGUGACGCCAUCCAGAGGGUACACAAUCGACUCCACAGCAGGAGGAAUCGUACUAGUACUGUCACACCUGGGAAUUCCACUCAGCUCAACCCACGUCACAGUGUCAGCCAUACUCGGGGUCGGCAUGAUUCAGCACGUACCGCCCUGCCUGAACCCGAACCUGAAGCACUUCAGAGACAACUCAUUCGACCUCGACAACGUGGACCAGGGAAGCAACGAGGACAGCGGCAGCGAGGAGAACUGCAGAGAAAACAGCGGACUCGAAAGCGCAAGCAACUCAAACGAGGACUGCAUCAACAACUCGGACUCGAGUUACCCGAACAGCCCCUCGGCGGAGAACAGCGGCGACCAGGCGCACGCGAACCUCGACGCGAUGGAGAGCCAGCAGAAGCCUCAGACCCGGAGGCGCUUCAUGAUCAAGGAGCGGUUCACCACGGAGUACGUUAACCUGAAGCUGUACAGGAGGAUCUUCCUCACCUGGAUCAUCACGAUAUUCUCGAGCGGCUUCGUGACGGCGAUAUUCUUCCUCAUCGCCAAGGCGAUAUACAACGCAAAGCGUUAG